AUGUGUAUUGUAGGUCUGGAAGAGAUCCCGUUCUAUCACAUUUGGAGCGGCAGUCAGAGACCUCUGCACUGCACCUUCAGCCUGGAGAGAGGCAGCCUUGCCGUGUCGCAGCUCACCUGUAAGAUCUGCGUGCGACAGGUGGAAGGGGAGGGACAGAUAUUCCAGCUGCAUACAGACAUCCAGGAGACUUUACCGCCACACUCGCCCCUCCCCUCAGGAGGCACCUGCCUGCCCUCCUCCCAAGUGGGACCCUAUGCCUUUCGCUUGCCUGACUCCAUCCGCCAGAAGAUCUGUGCCAGUUUGGAUGCACCCAGCGCUCGCGGGUGUGACUGGAGGCUACUGGCACGCAGUCUGGGCUUUGACAGGUACUUGAACUAUUUUGCAACAAAGCCCAGCCCCACAGGUGUUCUACUGGACUUAUGGGAAGCCUGUCACCAAGGUGACGCAGACCUGGUCUCUCUGGCGACUGCGCUGGAAGAAAUGGGCAAAAGUGAAGUGCUAGUUGUCAUGACAACAGAUGGGGAUUGUUGAUUGGGCACGGAACAAGAGAGCAAACAAGACUUCUCUUUUUUUCUUUCCUUUUUUUUUUUACUGGCGUGAUGAAAAUAAGAAAACCUGCCUAUGAAUAUGCACACCCUGCGAGUUUUUGGUUUUCACACGUACUGCGUUACCUCUGUCUCAUCUCGCUUUCUCUCCACUGGCCACUGAUCAGCCACCGUAGCUGCAUCCACCAUAAUCCAUCUCCAUCCUCAGAUAACUGAUUCAGCUUGAAUCCACCAAAGCAAUGUUGCAUAUGCAAGAGUUAAAAGUCUGAGGGUAACAAAAGUAUAAAAUAAGUGUGAAGUCACCUGUUGGUGUUAUUUCAUGACACUUUUCUUUUAUAUAAUACAAAAUAAUCCAUGUAUUCAGCACGCACAAUAACCCAGUCAGACAAAUGCUAUCAUGGGAUCACCCAGGUUUCAGUGGCAGCAUGAAAGUGCAUGAUUUAUCCACCAUCUCACCUCAUGGCAGGGGCCUUUGUUUUCUCCACUGUCGCUCUGUGUGAGCAGUGAAUGACGGGCAGCACCGACCCGUCCACAACCCCCUCAGGCUACAGAUGCACGUGGACAAACUGGUCAUUAAUCGCCUUUGAAUGAGACAUCCUGGGAUUUCCGGUUUAACUGCUUCAACUGUCAACAAAUCGUACGAGCGCAGAGCUCUCGAGGUUCCAGACCUUGAGCUUAAAGCUUUGGGCUGAUUUUUUUUUCUUCUAAACAACAGGUGCCUCCUCUUUGUGGUGGGAGGGCGAAUUCUGUUGAUGGAAGUGUGUUUUAAGAAUUGGUGGAUAACUCAACCGGCUGACUCUUUAUAUUGUACAGCACCAACAAAUGCCUCAAAGCCUUGGCACAUCUUUCCGACUCACUUGGGUGUUUCUCUUUCAUCUCUCCUCGCGUUCCUCUAUCGCGCUGCCACACUCCUCCAAGCUGUUGAGAAUAAACUGCAGGAGAGCUUUCUGGUCAUCUCUUAAAAGUUUCCUUUGGGGAACGCUCUAUAAGUUAUUAUCCAUUUGUGGAUUUUUUUGUUUCCCAUUGUCAUUGCUGUCACGAUAUAUAGACGCAGUUUUAUCAUUUGUGCUUCUUUAGGCUACUGAGCUGCUGUCUUAUUUUUUAUUCUGCGGGCCAAAUGGGAGACAUAGGUGCACAGUGGAUGUCUCAUGUUUAUUUGUUAUUUUUAAAACUGUGCAUCUAUUCAAAAAGUAAAAAUAUGAAGUGUAAAACAUGAUUAUAGGUGGUGAAAUGUCAAAUGCGGUCACUGUUUUCGAUCGGCUUUUUGCUUUCCUGUGACUGAGUGCGGUUUCCACUGCUCAGAGAUGAAUAUUGCAGAAUAGAUUAGCCUCGCUUUGUGUCAACUAGGCAGCGAGGGCCCAUCAAAUUUACCUCAGCGCUAACUGAAUCAUGUUUCUAUCUAUUCUCUGUACGCCAUUUAACUACAUGUGUCCAUCUGUCAACGUAUCGCCAUAAUGCUCAUUAUGUCUCCGUCCUCUUAAUCUGAUAACGCAUUGUUAACCUCUUUACUAAGCCGCCUGCUUUGUGGUCAGGGCCCCUCAAGCUACUCGCAUUAUCAAUAUCGUUCUGUCAGUUUAUUGUUGGACGGGAAUUGAAAACGCUGUCGUCAGUAACAUCAUCGUCUUUACUUAAUUUCUGUGUGUUAUUGAAUCUGUUUUCUCCCUGGAGAGCAAAAAAAGAAAUAAAGUGUUCAUGUCUUUGAAACCACUAAAACCAAAACACAGGCAGUAUCCCUCCUCUCCAGCAGUGAGUCACGUAACUGCUUUGUGUGAAUGGACUUAAAAUAUACGUGUGUGUGAGAGUGUGUGUGUGUGUGUGUGUGGGCAGGUGGAUGUGCAAAUACAGUGUGUGCACACACUCAAGGUCUGUCAUUUCUCUUUGUAAGUGCUAUGCAAGUACAAAAGAAAAGCAAAGCAUUUUGAAUUCUUUUGUUUCCUGGAAUAGUAAAUUCUAUUUUUUCAGCCCAGGGCAAUGACAGGGUUUUGUUUUUGUAUCCUGAAGUGGUUUAACUGUGCUGAUGGUAAAUGUCUGUGGGAGAAUCCUCCAUCUGGAUCCACCAACGAAGGAAGAAACUACUGAGAAAAAAAAAAAGCACACGUGGAAAAAGAAAAC